AUGCGCACUUCUACCUUGAUCACUGGAGCCGCCCUGGCUGCCAGCGCCUUUGCCAGCCCAAUCUUCAAGCGCGACCUUGAGAUCGACACCGUCUACGAUGUCGCCUACGAGACUGUCUAUGUCACCGAGACCGAGGGUGUAACUGUCCCUGUCACCGUCUCUGCAGCCGCCGCAACCACUCCUGUUGAGCAGUCCGCCCCUGCUGCCACGACUGAGGCCGUCCUCACUUCUCAGCACUACGGACACCGCCACUCCUGGUCCAAGGCUGCUCAGUCGUCGGCUGCCCCUGUCGUCACAGUCGUCACCUCAGAGGCUCCCGCUGCCACCGUCGCUAGCACCACUGCCGCCGCCCCCGCUGGCAAGGCUACCACCUACCAGCAGCGCGUUGUUGACCACCACAAUGUUCACCGUGCCAACCACUCGGCUCCCGCCCUUACCUGGGACACUGACCUCGCCAACACCGCCGCCAAGAUCGCUGCCACCUGCGUCUACGCCCACAGCAUGGAUGUCAACGGCGGUGGCUACGGUCAGAACAUUGCCGCUGGUGUCGAGGCCAACAAUGUCUCUGCCGUCAUCACUGAGCUCUUCUACAACGGUGAGGUCGGUUACUUCAACAACCUCUACGGCCAGGCCAACCCCGAUAUGACCAACUUCGAGAAGUGGGGCCACUUCUCUCAGCUCGUCUGGAAGGGAACCACCAAGGUUGGCUGCGCUACUCAGUACUGCUCUGGCGGCCUUGCCAACGUUGGUCAAUACGUUUCUCCUCACUUCACCGUUUGCAACUACGGCAGCCCUGGUAACUACGCCGGUGAAUACGCCCAGAACAUUGGUGCUUCGCUCAACAAGCCUACCCAAAACUGGUCAUACAACCUGUAA